UUCCCCGCCACCGACUCUGCCACCUCCUCCCCCGGGAGCGGAAGUGGAGACCCUCCUCUGCGCUUUGCGGCAACGCGUGACCGUCACGUGGGGCGGGGCUUCGGAGGCGAGCGAAGGGAGGGACAAAGGCCAGGAGCGUAUAGAACGCCGCUCACACUUGGAGAAGAGAUAACGGGACAGAGGUGCAAGCCAAUCGCAAUCAGGCCUGUGGAGGCAGAGACUGGGGUGGAGACUUCGGAGACUGCAGUUCCAGGUCUCCAGCCUGCCAAAUUUCAGACUAGAACUUAUACCAUCAGCUGUCCUGGUUCUCAGGCCUUUGGAUUCAGACUGAAACUACAUCGUUGGUUGUUCUGAGUCUCCGACUUGCCAGCCACAAAUCUUGGGACCUCCAUAAUUUUUUCGAAGAACAGGUGGAAGUGGCUAUGGAUAAUUCAUAUGAUUUCAAUCAACAAGGCUCAUGUAAUGGAAUUCCAUCUGAGAAGAAAAACAACUUCCUCGUGUCAGAAGAUCAUGGACAGAAAAUCUUAAGUAUACUACAGAAUUUUCGAGAACAAAAUGUCUUUUAUGAUUUCAAAAUAAUCAUGAAAGAUGAAAUAAUCCCAUGUCAUCGUUGUGUGUUAGCAGCAUGCAGUGACUUUUUCAGGGCUAUGUUUGAAGUAAACAUGAAAGAAAGAGAUGGUGGAAGUGUUACCAUUACUAAUUUGUCCUCCAAAGCAGUAAAAGCAUUUCUUGAUUAUGCCUAUACUGGAAAAACAAAGAUAACAGAUGAUAAUGUGGAAAUGUUCUUCCAGUUGUCAUCAUUUCUUCAAGUUUCCUUCCUAUCCAAAGCUUGCAGUGACUUUUUAAUAAAAAGUAUUAAUCUUGUCAAUUGUUUACAGUUAUUAUCUAUAUCAGAUAGCUAUGGCUCUGCCCGUUUGUUUGAUCAUGCUUUAUACUUUGUACAGCAUCACUUUUCUUUAUUAUUUAAAUCCAGUGAUUUCUUAGAGAUGAAUUUUGGAGUACUGCAAAAAUGUCUGGAAUCAGAUGAAUUAAAUGUUCCUGAAGAAGAAACUGUACUGAAAGUUGUCCUUAGUUGGACUAAACAUAACUUAGAAUCAAGGCAAAAGCAUCUGCCUUAUUUGAUUAAAAAAGUAAGAUUAUAUCAGUUAUCUGAGGAGACACUUCAAGGUUGUCUACUCAAUGAAGAGUGUUUACUCAAAAGCACAAACUGUUUUGACAUAAUCAUAGAUGCAAUUAAGUGUGUGCAAGGUUCUGGUGGACUUUUCCCUGAUGCUCGACCAUCCACAACUGAAAAAUACAUAUUUGUUCACAAAACUGAGGAAAAUGGAGAAGAUCAAUAUACAUUUUGCUAUAAUAUUAAAAGUGAUUCAUGGAAGAUACUGCCACAAUCACACCUGAUUGAUUUGCCAGGAUCUAGUCUGUCUAGUUAUGGGGAGAAAAUAUUCUUGACAGGCGGUUGCAAAGGGCCAUGUUGUAGAACAGUUCGGCUUCAUAUUGCAGAGUCAUAUCAUGAUGCCACUGAUCAAACCUGGUGCUACUGUCCGGUCAAAAAUGAUUUUUUCCUGGUAUCAACUAUGAAAACACCAAGAACCAUGCAUACAUCAGUUAUGGCUCUCAACAGAUUAUUUGUCAUAGGUGGAAAGACUAGAGGAUCCCAGGACAUUAGAAGUCUCUUAGAUGUUGAAUCUUACAACCCUCUUUCCAAAGAAUGGAUAUCUGUUAGCCCAUUACCCAGGGGCAUAUACUAUCCUGAAGCAAGUGCAUGCCAAAAUGUAAUUUAUGUUCUUGGAUCUGAGGUAGAGAUUACAGAUGCUUUUAACCCAUCACUUGAUUGCUUUUUUAAAUACAAUGCUACAACUGAUCAGUGGUCUGAACUAGUAGCAGAGUUUGGGCAGUUUUUUCAUGCAACACUAAUUAAAGCUGUCCCAGUAAACUGCACACUGUAUAUAUGUGACCUUUCCACUUAUAAGGUUUAUAGUUUUUGUCCAGAUACUUGUGUUUGGAAGGGUGAAGGGUCUUUUGAAUGUGCAGGCUUCAACGCAGGUGCAGUUGGAAUUGAAGAUAAAAUUUAUAUAUUAGGUGGUGAUUAUGCACCAGAUGAAAUCACAGAUGAAGUGCAGGUCUACCACAGCAGCAGGUCUGAGUGGGAAGAAGUUUCACCAAUGCCAAGAGCCUUAACUGAAUUUUACUGCCAGGUGAUUCAGUUUAAUAAAUACAGGGACCCAUGGUUUUCUAGUCAUUUCUAA